CCACCAAGGAACCCGGAAAUAAAUAUAUUUAUCGAGCUAGUUUUAUAUACUACUGUGAAGAUAUUAUUUCCUGAUUAAAUUUAAAGAAAAAAGGAUACCUGUCUGGUGACAUUAUAUCAAAUACAACAGAAUAGAAUGCCAAGUAAGAUAAACAACCCUAUUUCUGCUGAGGAUACGCAACGAAUAAAAAAGAAUUGGAUUUUUCUAAAAUCAGAACUUGAGCAAGAAGCAAUAAGGGAUAAUUUCAUGGUGGAAGAUAUAUGGGAUUUGCCCGACUUCCAAGAAAUAGAUGCGGAGAAAACACCUCAAAAAAGAAAUGAAGUUUUCUUGAAAUUACUUUUGAGAUCUGGACCAAGGGCGUAUAAGAUAUUUAUUGCAGCAUUGAAAAAUCACAAUUCGUAUCAUAUUGUAGAAAAGCUUGAGAGUACGGAGAUCACAGAAAACAAUCAGGCAGUAUUAGAUCAUUUAACUAGUUUGACAGACAACCAGAAAACUCAUGUUCUGACGGAAGCAACCCUGCUCAAAUUCAACAAAGUUGUGGGUAGUGAUAUUGAAAUAUUCGGGAAAGCCUUACAAUUGAAACAAGCAGACAUUGAUUCGACUCGAAUGGAAAAUUCACACUCAGUGGCCACCCAAAUCCACAAGAUUAUACUCAAGUGGAGGAACAGAAAUGGUAAAAUGGCAACCUUAGGAACAUUUACUAAGAGUUUGAUGGACGCGGAGGCUGCAGGGGCUAGUGUUGAUUGGGAUGUUUUUGAUCAAGGUGUGAAAGAAGUGACUUCUUAAAAACUCAGCAGGAUCAUGAAUCCAAAAAAAAAAAAACAAUAAUUUGUGCAGAGUAACACAUGGUCAUCGACCAUUGCUACUUUUUAUGGCAUUGAAAAACACUUUUAUUCCUGUUUGAAAUCACCCACAAUUUCAACACUGGUACGGCACGAUUUUGCUUCACUUCAAAAUGCUUAUAUGCAGUGAGUUUGGAAUUUGAAUAAGGAUAGAAAAAAUGGUGCCUUCAGAUAGAAUUUAUUUUAGGAAUAAGAAAUCAUUCCUCAACAUUUAUGGAGAAAUCAUUGAUGUCGGGCACUUGAUCAAAUCCAAUAAAGCUCGUCGGAGAUUGAAUCAUGUACGGACUGUGUUUGUUUCCCCACAAAAGUCAAAGAAAAUUUUCGUGCUAUAGCGACUAUUUAUUUUUUUUUCAAUUAGAGAAUGUACAAUUAAAAGUUUACACAGAAAAAGACACUGAAAAGAGUAAAAAAAAAUUCCUUGAAAGAUUUUGUUAAAUACUAGUACAUGCAUGAUUAUAUCAUUUUCUUAUUUCAACAGCAAGAAACUUUAACAAGUUAAUAAGUUGGUAGUGAUAACUAUGAAAUUUAAAAAAAUCAGAAAAUUAAUAAUUCAUUUAAACUUACUAAGUUUUGUUAACUCGUAUCAUUUUCCUGGAGAAAAUAUUUAUUUUGCAAAAUGUGUAAGUUCUUUCACUUUUUAUCAAUAACUUAUAAUAUUUGAUGAAUCAUAAUUAUUUCCUAUAUACACUUCAAUGGACAGAAAUAAUGCAGUUAAUAGAUUCAGAUUCAUUAAAACAAAAUUGAUAGUAGAAAUGUAAAAAUUACUUCCUUAUUGGACGCGUAUUGUGUGUAUGGUACAUUUAUGUACAAGUGCUAUGCAUAUUUGAGUCCCAUAACGUAUAAUAUACAAUUUUCCACUUGAUUGCUAUUUACAUGUACCAUGCUUACCAUAUACAUAAAUAUUUACAAUAAUAUUGUAUUGUAUUGUGGGCAAUACUAUUUAUUCUAAUUAAUACAUGUAAAUCAAAUUGGAGUAAAAAUUUUACAUGUAGAUGGAAGGUUAUGUUUUGUGUGAAUGAAAUUGUUAAAAUGUUUGGAGGAUUCUUUUUGUUGAUGUUUUGUUCUAAUCUGGCCCUCUUAAUGGUUUUUUAUUACCCCCGCAAACAAAGUUUGGGGGGUUUAUUUGAAUCGCCAUGCCCGUCUGUCUGUCCAUUUGGCUGUAGGCAUAACAUGUUGAACACCAUCUGAAGAUUUGCACCUGCAAUUUUUAUUUUAAGAUCAGAAAAGAUUUAAUAAUCUUAUUAGUUUUCAUUUUCCGUAUCCUGUAUAUUGUACACUGAUGUUGAAAAGUAAGGGAGUUAAUCCUAGCAAUGUUUGUUAAUUAAUUUAUAGUAAACGCUCUAAAAUAUAUUUAAAUAAGAACAUUCAGAAUGAGUUUUUUUUUGUCUUUAUUUCUUAAUUUAAUAAUUAUAUGUUUAAUAAGUAUGCUAUCAACUCAAAAUGCAAAUUAGUUGUUUGUAAUUGAUACAUCCUUAGGACCUAAAUUUUAAUAAAUAUUUUAUUUUGUUUUGAAUACAGUUUCAAAUAAACCAAAAGGUUCUAUCAUGAUAGGGAAUUAUUUAAUUCUGGUUGUAACACUUAUUGGUUAAACAAAUUCAUAUAUAUCCUAUAACAUACAUAGCCUACGAAGAUGCAAAACAUAUUAACCCGCUUGACGUUAUGUUUAAGAUUUGUUAAAAAUUAACAUCACUUUACUAAAUUAUGGGUCUUAUAUUCUGAUUUUAGUUGUAAAAAAAUUAAAUUAUAAGGAAAAGAUUCCAUUUAUCACCUAUGUUAUACAAGUAUAGCAUAACUUUGGAAAGAUUACGUUUUUUUAUAAACUGCAAAGCGGUUUAUAUUAGCGUGAACUGUCCCAAGUUGUUAUACUGUAUAACAUAGGCAGAAAAAUUUAUUCCUUAAAUAAUUUAUAUCAUUUUUAACAAAGAAAUGAAUUAUUUUGAAUAAUGACACGUAGAAGCUGUUCAAAUUUAGUGGUCAAAUAAAUUGAUCCUAUAGGCCAUUAAUGUAAGUGAAAUUCAAAAUCAUUGGUAUGAAUGUAGUGCUAUUAAUAUUUAUAUACAAAAAUAAUGCAAAUGUGAUAAGGCAAAAUGAUAUCAAAAUGCAAGCUCAUUCAUAGUUCUAUGGGAUAAAAUUUCUGAGAGUUGCAUUGUACCAUAAAAGAAUAAGAAAAUUUUAAGACAAUUAUAUGCAUCAGUCAAGACUCAAAUUACAAACGUAUUCAAUUUAAGGUUAUAUUAAAAGGGGUAUUUUACAGUAAUGUGAAUUUUGACUGUUUUAUUCUUUGUUGACUAAAAUUUUUCUUAACAAAUAUAGAAUAUUUUUUUUAUAUACGUGUCAAACCUAAAUGAGUCAAUUAUAUUUUUAAGUUACUUUAAUCAAAUUCAUAUUUGUCAUCUUUUAAAUAAGCAUUGCUGGGGUGUAAGUCCCAUUAGGACAAGUCUAGUUGAAUGCUAUUGUACAAAUAUAUUCCAGGCUUUGGAUAUAUUUAUGCACAUAAUCCAAGAGUAAGUCCCUACUUUUUUGUUAAAUAAAUGCGUGGGGAUUUUUUCUCUUCAAAUUAUUUGUAUAGUAUCUUGUAAAAUUAAAAACAAAAUUAUAUCACAACUGAUUAAUACUUUUUUUCACCAGAAUUUUCUUCAUAUUUUUUUCAAAAUUAUUACGGAAAUUGAGAUAUCUUGACAUAUUUGUGUAAAGUCAGGUUAAGGUGGUAUGGGAUAUAUCCAUAUUUUUACGAACUUUAUAUCGAAAUACCCAAUAAAAGAAAAAUUAUAAAAUGUUUUCUUUCAAAAUAGAUGUAUUGUUAUAUGUUUAUGGGUUAUAACGUUAACUAUGAAUCUGUAUGUCAUGAGUUUGAAUCCUGCUUGGGCUUAAUGUUUUUUUACAUUUUCAAAAAGUUUUUAAUCACUUUUUUGGGGUCAAAUAUUGUAAAAUUUGGAAAUUCUAAACCGGUAAAAGUAUUUUGGUUAUAAUGUACUAGUAUCCACAUUAAUAUCGACAGAUGUCCCAUAACACCUUAUAUGGCUUAUCUUUCUCUUUUAAACUUAGAGUUAUACAUUUAUCAGUUGCACAUUAAUUGCUUAAAAUGCAGAAAACUAUUCAAGAAUUAAGUUCUGUCAUGGAAUACGACACAUCACGUGAAUGCCGUCUAAAUUUUUUAGAUUUUUUAAAAAGCAAGCGUCAAAAUUUAGACGGAAGGGUAACCUCUUUAUCUUUAGAUUCUUAGAAUGAUAAGAUUGAUCAGUUGAUGCAUCUUUGAUCUUAACAUAUGAUGUCCCAAAAAGUAAGUUUCUUUUUAAUUUUAUGUUUUGUUUUAUGUAUAUGAU